GCAUGACGACUACGAGCUUCUGGAUGAAAGCCCCUAAGAUUUUGCAAACAAGUUCUUUGAAUUCCAGAAUGACUAUCUGUUCAGGUCGUUGUCCGAGGCUGAGAUGCCAGAUUGCCACGCCUUUGUGAAGCGUGCGAGGCUUUUUUUUGAGAAGUACACGGAACUUAAGUUUCGUGAGAACGGUGUCAAACGACGCAAAAAACGUCCGGACGUAGCUCUUUGGGAGGAACUAGUGAAUCUUUCUUUACCUGAAGAGUUUGGCGAUGAAUUGUUGUGCUUCCUGCUGUUCGACUCUAAUUCAGAGCUGAAGACCCGUUUCGGCUGUGGGGGAAUGGAGCUAGGGAGGUGGUUCUCUCGUUGGGGAAAGAAUGUGAAACAUGAAAACGACAAGGACCUCGCCAAGAGAUUGUAUCGCUACGGACGAUCUGCCUCCAAGAAGGCCAUCGGCUCCGACGUCAUUGAUUUAGAGCUACAUCAGAUCGAUUUUGACCUCAUCGGAUCUGACGGUCAGCAUUUCCCUCUGCGAAUGUUACUGUGGGAAGGAGAUUUGUUGCGCGAUGUUUCUUGGUGUGCUAAGGUUCACGAUCGGGAGAACGGGGUCCUGAUUGCAGAUGCCAUCAACAAGAUGAAUCGGGAUGAAUGUCCAGACGAAGACUGGAGUCUCCUUGGGACAAAAGUCCGGUCGAGAGCCGGAAAUGCGAUUGCGCAGCGGUACAAGCCUCAUGGAAACAUCCCCACGCUGCUGAAAGAAAUGUGUUGCUGGAGCAGUUCCGCAGACUACGACUUCGAUGAGGAAAGCCUCUCCGACGGAUCAUUGCAUAUUGAAGAGGAGGACCUGCACGACCCUACCAUGUUUCCUAAGAUCACUCCUGAACAGCUCACAUCCCUGGAAGAUCUCAAAAAAGUUUCUUUGUGUAACCCUAACUCAAUUGUGUACUCGAAUCGUUCCGAGUUUGAACGUUUGAUUCCGGUUGCUGCUAAUUUGGGGCCAGUUCUCCGUGAAUCGUGCUGCACAUCGGAGGGGUUUCAAGGCAUUGCUGACGAGUAUGGGCUUCGACCAUCGUCGCUGAAGCAUGUGAUGGAUUUUCAGUGCAAACACUUCCAGCGUCUUUUCCGCGGCACAAUUUGGCAGCAAUUGCCUGUGGAUUUGAUGCUGCGAAUCGUUGCAUUUCUGCCACAGCGAUACAUACGUCUAACCCCUGCGCAGCGAUGUACUCAUGCAAAAAGUCAGCAAUGCUCUUCGGGACAUCCGUUAAAGUUAGAAUGAUACAGAUAAGAUUGGCUGCCCUGGGUCGGGGCCUGGGAAGCUUUUUGCCAAGCAGGCCUUCAGGCCCUGUUUUCUGGGGUUCCUGCCUCGUCUGUUCUGUCUGCAACCUUAAGCUCUUCGUCCGAGUGGGGUGUCAAACACUUCGCGAGGCUGUUGGGAUUCGAUGGAUAAAUUCAUGGAGAAAGG